UCUCCCUUUCUUUCUUUCAUUCAGAAACAAAUUGAGCCCAAAAAAACCCUAGCCAUCACUACCGCUGCAAGCAGUGGCACAUCGCCGCCGUCCGUGCACUAAAAGCCGUCCGUCCGUCCGUCCGCCCGUCCGUCUAGCUUCCCUCUUGCUCCAAGUCUCCAACCCCUGUUCGCUCUCACCGAUCGCAGCUUCUUCCUCGAGGUCAGCUCGGCGUCCGUCGUCUUCGUCUGCUCAUCCGCACUUCCGCCACCCAAGCCAUUGAAUCCCUUCUUCUUCGCGGAUUGAAGUUCUUCCCCCUUGCUUCUCGUUCGAUCUGGCAGAGUGCUCACUUUUCACCCCCAAUCCGUUCUGCUAACUGCAUCACAGAGCACUAGUUGCGGAACUCUGCCGUCGCUGCGCCGAGGAGGACGACCUUGAACUUCCACCGCUGCCGCCGUCGUCUUCUGAAUAUGUCUGUUCGGUCUCCGCCCUUGGAAGCUGACUCGUGAGUCGUCAGUGAUGAAGUAAAGAAGAAGGAAUAAUAGUGGUCGUGGUCUGGUCUUCGUCUGCUUGCCGUUGUCUGGUCACAGUCGCGCUCAACUGCUCUCCGUCAUUGUCUGCCCAGACUGCUAAGAUCGAAGGUCCUAAUGGAGUAAUGGUUAUGUUUGGUGGCUGGAAAGUUUGUCUCUGCUUUGUAUGUUGCAGCAGUGAAAGCUAAUUCAGUUGAAAAGGUGCAGUCUGAGAUUUUUCAGUUUGUUGAGUCAGUGAUUGAAAAUAUGAUCCGCUCACAGCUUCUGCAUCAAAAUUUUGAACAAUAAGCCAUUUAUCCCUACAAUCUUUCAGCCCCCAAUUUGGAAACCAUAGCAAAAAGUUUCAACAAGACACCUUCCUUCCCAGCCAUGUCCAAGGUACCACAAGAGGGAGACUCUGCUCUCAAAUCCUCACCUGAACCUAGCAAUCAUGAGGAACUUAAAGAUGGAGAGCGAAAAGUGAUCGCGGAGAGUGGAGAGAAGGAGGAAGUAAUGAACGAGAUAUCAGAUAAUUCUGAUUCUGAUUCAGAUGAUGAGGCUCAGCAGAACCUCCAGCUCCAAUCCCUAGAAGCUGGGCUUACUGCUAAUCCCUACAACUAUGAUUCUCACUCGCAGUAUAUAAAGCUUCUGAGGAAAAUGGGUGACGUUGAAAAAUUGAGAGCAGCAAGGGAAGCUAUGAGUGAGCUCUUUCCGUUGAGCCCUGCAAUGUGGCAAGAAUGGAUCAAAGAUGAACUCUCUCUCAACACUGAUUCGCAGGAUUCUUCCUCUGUGAUUGUGAAGCUUUACGAGCGCGCCGUGUUCGAUUAUAUGUCUGUGUCUCUUUGGUGUGACUACAUCAAUUUCGUGCAAGAGUUUGACCCAAUCGUACGGCAAUGUUCGCCAGCCGGUAUUUCCAAGGCAAGGGAUCUUUUUGAGGGAGCACUUACUGCGGCCGGUUUGCAUGUUGCUGAAGGUAGCAAAAUAUGGGAAGCAUAUAGGCAAUAUGAGCAGGCUAUACUCCUAACGAUUGAUGAAACUGAUACACAGGCAAAAGAGAAACAAGUUCAACGCAUUCGAGGUUUAUUUCAUCGGCAAUUAUCUGUUCCUCUUGCUGAUAUGAGUUCAACAUUUACAGACUAUAAGACUUGGGAGGAGGAGCAAGGAAGUGUUCAGGAUCCUAAUGUUGUAUCCGCAUACCAAAAGGCCUUGGAGAUGUAUAAUGCUCGUGGUCAUUUUGAAGAACAUGUUACUAGAUUGGAUUCACCUGAUUCAGAAAGACUACAACACUACUUGAGCUAUUUGAAAUUUGAGGAAACUUCUGGAACACCUGCGAGAGUUCAAGUUCUGUAUGAACGAGCCAUCACGGACUUUCCUAUAUCACCUGAUCUCUGGCUUGGCUACACUCGAUACAUGGACAAGACUUUGAAGGUUGGUAGUGUUGUCAGCAACAUUUAUUUCAGGGCCACUAAGAACUGUCCUUGGGUUGGGGAACUUUGGGUAAGAUAUAUGCUUUCUAUGGAGCGCAGUCAUGCUUCUGAGAAAGAGUUGGCCGAAGUCUUUGAGAAGUCCUUGCGAUGCACCUUUUCAACUCUUGAUGAGUAUCUUGAUUUGUUUCUCACUCGGAUAGAUGGCUUAAGGCGAAGAAUGGCAUCCACUGGUGAAGAGGAUCAGCUGGAAUACACAAAAAUAAGGGAGGUCUUCCAGCAGGCAUCAGAUUACCUGUCGCCACAGUUGAAGAAUACAGAGGGUUUGCUGCACUUGCAUGCUUAUUGGGCCCGUUUAGAGGCAAAACUUGGAAAAGACAUAAUUGUGGCACGUGGAGUUUGGGAGAAUUUUCUUAAGAUAUGUGGAUCAAUGUUGGAGGCAUGGAAAAGUUAUAUAGCAAUGGAAGUUGAAUUAGGUCACAUAAACGAGGCAAGGUCCAUAUACAGGAGAUGCUACAGUAAAAGGUUUUCUGGAACUGGUUCAGAGGAUAUAUGCCGCUCGUGGUUGCGCUUCGAGAGAGAGUUUGGCAAGCUCGAAGAUUUUGAUCAUGCUUUACAAAAGGUUACUCCUCGUCUGGAACAGCUACGAUUAUUUAGAAUGCAGCAGGAAUCCAACUCAAUAGAGGAAAAUGAGAAUAGUCGUAGGAAAAAUGCUCACGACAAGAGAAAGCUUGGGUCUGACAUUAGCAAAGAACAGACUCCUGCCAAGCGACCAAGAGGUGUUGAUAGAGUGGCAGAGAAAACACAUGUGGAAAAUAAACAUCAUGGGCAGAAUUCUUCCCAGGAGACAAAACUGGAAGAUGUCAAUUCAAGGAAUAACAAAUCUGAUGACAACCUUCCCCCAAAAGAAAGCAAGACAUACUCUGACCAGUGCACUGCUUUUAUUUCAAAUCUUCAUGUUAAAGCAAACUAUGAACAUGUCCGUAAUUUCUUCAGUGAUGUCGGUGGAGUUGUUGCCAUUCGUAUCUUGAAUGACAAUUUCACUGGAAAAUCAAGGGGACUGGCAUAUGUGGACUUCUUGGAUGAUGAGCACCUUGCUGCAGGUUUAGCUAAGAACAAGCAGAAGUUACUCGGGAAGAGGUUAAGUAUUCUUCGAUCUGAUCCAAAGCGAGGGAAAAUGAAGUCUUCUGCUCCAAAAUCCUUAAAAGAACAUGCAGAUGCUCCGGAUCAUUCCAGUCGAAAAGGCUCCAUGUCCAAAGAAACCGGUGAUACUUCCAAGGUAUCAGAUGUAAAGGAUGAGGGGAUCUCUUCUAGAAAACCAAGGAAGAAUACCUUUGCUAUGCCUAGAAAUGUCAAACUGCAUGGUGUCGCUGCAAAUAGAUCAAAAACAGAAGAAGACGAUGACAAGCCAAAAUCCAAUGAUGAAUUCAGAAAAAUGUUUAUCCAUUAAGGGUAAUCCUGAAUGUGGUGCCAAUACUUUGUAACUCUGAAGAUAGCAGUUAUCUUUGAGAUGUAUUUGGGUAGAAAGUAUGCAAGUUACCUGUCUUGUAUGUCACUUUGUUCUUUUGCGUAGUAGUAAAAGAGUACCAAUUACUUAUAGGCAUCCUAUCCUAUCCUAUAACUAUACUUGAAAUUGAUCUUCAUUUUCAAGG